AUGGAUCAAAAAAAAAAAGAAUUUAAAAGAGUCUCACCUACUAUUAAACAGUUAAAUAUUGGUGCUCAUUUUAAAUUUUUACUUUUAGAAGUUGAUCUUUUGGCUUGGAUCAAAUCUUUAUGUUCAAAACAAAAGCUUGUCUCUCGAAAUAUGGCUAAAACUAAAGCAUCACAACUUGCAAGACAAUCUUGUUUUACUCUACGUUUACUGCAUGCAAGUGGAGUGAUAGAUGAAUGUCAAAAUGAAGGUGGUGAUAGUUAUAUAUAUACUACCAGUAAUAUGAAUAAUGCAAGUGAAAAUGAAAACAUUGUUGAUUUGACUCAAGACAAUAAUGGUGACAAUAAUAGUAACCUUGAUGAAAGUGUUGAAAGUAGAAAUGAAUAUAAUAAAGAAGAUAGAAGUGAUAAAA